AUGGACCGUGCAUCCACAAUAUCGUUAAACGUAACCAGUAGAAGACGUGCUCUAGUUAUUGGUAAUAAAAAUUAUAAAAAAGGAAAAACUCUACAAUAUUGUACUAAUAAUGCGCAAGAUUUAUAUGUUAAGUUAUGUGCAAUUCAUUUUCAAACGACUCUUGGUACAGAUCUGAACUGUGAUGAAAUGGAAUCGAUAGUCGAAACAUUUAUAAAAGAUAUAUGUGAUGGUGAUAUCGUUUUUUUCUUCUUUUCCGGUUAUGGAGCUCACUGGAAUGAUCAGAAUUUUUUAGUACCUAUCGAUGACAAUCAAAUUACUGAUCCAUCCAUGUUUAAAUAUCAAGCAGUAAAUGCUCAAGAUACAUUGAAGUCAAUCAUGAAUUGUUCUCCAUCAUCAGUAAUAUUCAUGUUAGAUGCUUGCCGUAGUUAUCAUAUGCAUCAUAUUACCGGAUGGACAGGUUCGUUAGAUUUUGGUGGUUUAGUUAGCAUGGAAGCACCAACGAAUUCGUUAGUUAUUUUUCCGUGCCAAGCAAAUAAGACUAUAUCAGAUAAAUCAAUAGACGGACGACAUAAUCAAUUUAUGACAUAUGUUUUCGAAUAUAUUGAUCAGCCAAAUCUGCCUUUCGACGAUGCAUUGGCUCUUAUCUGCGAUGAUGUAAUGAAUGCAAGCAAUAAUGAACAAUCUCCUUUUCAAGUUAAUGCACUUCAUAAAAAUCUUUUGUUGAAUUGUCAAAAUCAAUCAGGCAUCAAGCAUAAAUUGAACGUACGCGUACAACAGAUCAUUAAUGAUGCACAGAAUGAGUCUAUGAUUGAUUUGGGAUAUCAAGAAUUGGGCGAUCGAGAUGUUGGCACUAUCAUUCAAGAAGCGAUUAUCAAAAAGCGAUGUAGUAAACUCUGGUUGCCAGGAAACAAAAUUACUCUGUUCGGUGCCGCCAAUUUGGCAGUAGCAUUGCUACACAAUACAACAUUAGAGAAGCUCUAUCUCUAUGGCAAUCGUCUGGCUGAUAAAGGAGUGAAACCUCUUGCGAAAGCGUUGGCAAUGAAUAAUAGCGCAUUGAAGGUCCUUAACCUACAAGAAAUUGGAAUUACCGAUAUUGGUGUUGAAUAUUUGUCGGAAAUGCUGCAAAAAAAUACACAAUUGACGGUUCUUUGCUUGAGCAAGAAUGACAUAAGCGACAUUGGACUUCGAAUAUUUGCCAAUUGUCUGAAGAGAUACAAUAAUACACUUCAAUGUUUGGAUCUUUCAAAAAACAAGAGAAUUACUGACAUAAGUUCGGAUGUUAUUCAAGAAAUGAUCGAACAUAAACGAUCACUCAAUGAACUCUCUAUCUAUGACUGUAGCCUGUCUCGAACGGGCAAGGAGAAACUUAAAAAAUUCAUACGAACAAAGAAAAACAUAAAUGUUUUCAUAAAUAAUUGGGAUGAAUAA